AAAAAAAAUAAUAAUAAUUACGUGUACACUGUUUUGCGGCCACCCGGUACAAUAUUACGCGUAUAUAUUGGCCCGGUCGAGUCCGUUUUCGCCCAGUCACCUGAUCCUCCACCACACCACCGACCAUGUUGACCGUAAAGUUGUUCGCCGCGAUCGUUUUGUUAUCGGCGUGCUGCCGUCUUACCGAAGAGACCGCGGUCGCCGGAACGGUCCCGAGAGUACGCGUGGAAUCCGGAGAGUUGGCCGGCGGCACCGGCAGUACCAUCGCCAGCGGCCGGCCGUUUUACGCAUUUCUGGGCGUACCGUACGCCAGUCCGCCAGUCUACAAACACCGUUUUAAGGCAAGUAAUACCCGACUUAUAAUAUUUUACAAAGUCACCAAAACCGAGUAAAAUGUGGUUUUUGAACGUUUUAAAAUGUAAAAAGCAAACAAACAUAUGCUAAUGUUAAUGGAUAAAUGGAUUAGAUUCGGUUAGGCAGGGCCAUAUUUACGCAAACACAUUUUGGGUAUUUGUCCAAGGCUCAUACGGAUCAGAGGCCCACCUACUGGAUUUAAUUAUUCUUUUAAUUAAUUUUAAUUAAUCCUUAAAAUUGAAGAAUACCAAAAAAAGUUUACACAGUCGAAAAUACUUGUAAAAAUAUAAAUUAUUUUUUUCAGUUUCAUAAAAAAUAUAUGGGUAUGAGAUAAGAAAUGUUGGUAUUAAAUGGAUUAAAAAUAGGCCAACUUUUUCUUUUGGUCCUGGGCCUAAAAAAUUCUAAAUCAAGCUCUGCGGUUAGGUAUACGUACUACGUCUAUAGAUAACGUGAACGUUAUGGUAUUCGGUAAAAACCUCUACGAUUAUUAGGAAAAGUACAAGGAAUUUCCAAAAUUGUACACCCCGAUGCGUCAACUAAAUUGAAAAUUGCAUAUAUCAGUAUCGACAAGUAACGGAUUCCUAAAAAAACGGAAUCAGUUUGUCCUAAAAAUAACAAUAACGUUAUAGAAUCCGAAAUGAUUUCCUAAUUUGUAAAAAAAAUGAGACCUCAUAUUGAAUGAAUAUUCUCAAAGCCGAUAUAUGAUACAAAACUUAUGCCAAAUAAGAAUAAGUAGUAAUAACGUGUAUUUUCUAACCUUUGUCUAAAUUCUAGGAACCACAACCAGUAAAACCAUGGGUUGGUGUGUGGAACGCCACCGUCCCAAUGAGUGGUUGCAUAGGACUGGACCACAAUUCGUUCAAAGUAACCGGCCAAGAAGAUUGCCUUUACCUAAAUAUUUAUACACCAAAAGUAAGUGACGAGAAUGUUCUAACAGGUUAAAACGAAACACGACUGCGAAAAAAAAACCCGAUAGUUUUGCACAUUGCCCAUACAAUACGUUCGAAUAAAACAAUAAUUCAAUACAAAUCGUAGUAUCAUUGUUUCACUGCAACUACCCACAAAGAUAAUUUAGAUAUUUGUUUUUUUAAACUCAAAUAUUAGUUUACAAUUAUAGGACAGUUAUUCGUUUUUGUUUUUUGCUUUUAUUAGUUUAUAACUGCCUAUACAGCUAAUAUAGGUAAUUCUCUACAUCAGAAUACAACGUCGAUUGACGGUUAAUUGAUUUAUUACAAACGUACAGUGUCGUGGUAAGAGUGAUAUUUGAUGUGCCCGAAAAUCACAUUGUCAAAACAGUAAUGUAGUCCUAAAAAAAAAAAUUCUCGAAUAUACGCCGAUUAUAAAUAAAAAGGGUGGUUAGGGUCAAUUCUCACUCAACCCCCUCCCACCAAAAAAAAAAACUUUUUUUAGAUUCAAAAAUCUAAGUUUACAUUAAUUGCUACAAUCUUAAACAUAUACUCAAUCGUAUAUCUUUAGAUAUCGCAAUUUUAAGUAAUAUAACUAACUACCUAAUAUUAUGUAAGGAGGUAAUAAAGUACCUAUCACUUACAUUAAAACUUUCAAGUUGAGCUCACAUUACGGAUUAUGGUCAUAGACCAUCACAGAAUCGAUGCAUGCUGCAGAAACAGUAUUUUUCCCUCGUGAGACAGAGUAUAGUAUAUUAUAUGGGUGUAUACCCAAAAACGUAAUGUAUUAUGUCUAUGCGUCAGGGGUAAUCACCGCCCAUUUACCUCACACUAACAUACUAUACAUCAUUUGCGCAUAAAUAAAUCAAACAAUAAGUAAAAAAUAAUAAUAAUAGUAAAAUAUUGAAAAGUACAAAAGUUCUAUGUAUCAUUUAUUAUAGUCUUAGUCUUAGUUAUCUAGUACUUAUAACAGUUACUUUAAAAUUAUGUCAUUUGGCGUAUCAACUAUAUACAGAGUGUCUCACGAGAAUUCGGCAAAUGCAAUAACUUUUGUUCUAUUCAAUAUUUUUGAUAAUAUAUGUAUAUUUUAAAUAAUUAGUAUGCCUCAGCACAACAGUUUAUAUAUGAAUAUAUAUAUAUAUAUUUUUUUUUAGAAGAGGGGUAAGUUAAAAUAAAAAAGUUUAUAUUUUAAAAUAAUUUUUUUUUAAAAAAAUUAAAAAUAACCACUUUGGAAAAUAUAUUUCUAGAACAUUUUUAGUUGUUGAAACUUUUGUUAAAUAUGAUCUUUUAUUUUCUACGAUUUUUUUGAAGUUUUUGCAAAUGUGAAUAUCACAAUAUUUAAUCAGUUAUUAGUCUGGGUACAUGAUAAGGAUUUUCUUUUCUAUGAGUUUUAUAUCAUGUAAUAAUAUUAUCAUAUUAUAGGUAUUAGGUAGUAUCAAUAUAAUAUAUUGGAUAUAAUAUAUGAUGUGAUAUAUCAUAGAUAUAUCAAAGAAUAUUGUUUCGCCUAAAGAUUCAGAAAACAAAAUACAAAUAUUCUUUAUAAGACUGCUUAUAUAUUCAAAUGUAUACGCUAUAAUACAGUAAUCAAACGCUAUAAUGUUCGAAUACGUUACAAGACUGCACGUGAUUCUGUUACAGCUGCCCCAAGAGGGGCUCGUGUCCGGCGGCCUGAUGAACGUGAUCGUGUACAUCCAUGGCGAAGCGUUUCAGGCCGGCGACGGCGACGUCGGUUACGGUCCGCACUACCUAUUGGACGGUAACGAUUUCGUGUACGUGACGGUCAACUACCGCGCGGGGCCGCUGGGAUUCGCGAGCACCGGCGACGAAAUACUGCCCGGCAACAACGGUUUAAAAGACCAAGUGGCGGCCCUGAAAUGGGUCCAACGCAACAUAGCCGCUUUCGGCGGCAAUCCGGCCGCGGUGACGAUCGCCGGCACGUCCGCCGGCGCAGCCAGCGUCCACUAUCACUUGGUGUCGCCCAUGUCUGCGGGUAAUUAUUAUUCGUUUAAUCGAUUCUAACGUACGAAAUAUUUCCAUAUUGUAGAUGAUACGUAAUGCGUGUACGAAGGGUCGUGUGCCUAGGAGUGUACGAGAGGUGCCCACGCACAGGGCGCAACGACUAAAGGGGGGGGGGCGCUAUUUGAAAAUGUUAGUAAAAAAAAGAGUAAACGUCCAAAGCCAGGUUGGGCCUUUUUUUUUUGCCAAUCGUUACAUUUUUCUGGCGCCUGAUGACGAUUUUGUUAGGCACGGUACUGUGUGUACGAUAUACUAAUUUUAAAUUAUCUGACAUCGUAUUCCGCAAGUAAACAUGCAUUGAUUCUCUUUAAAGUAGAGAACACGCGUUCGGACGCGGCAAUCAAUAAUGGUUAACGAUCAUAAUACUUUAAUAAAUCAAAUGGAAAAAUAUAUUUGAAUAGUAAUCCAUAUUACGUGCAUAAAUCAAGUGCAUCCAUUACAGUCUUAGGUAAAAAAGGGUGGACAUUCAGGUCCCCUUCUCCCCCCCCAUGAUUACGCCGCUGAAACAAAUAUAAACCUACCUACCUAUGUACAAAAUUAAUCGUAACCUCAAAUUUGAAUAAGGUUAUCAAACGUUUCAAUAAUCUUAAAUCUAAGUAGGUCAUAACUCAUAGGUAGGUACCAAGUAUAGUAUUAUCAUAUAUAAAACUAUAAAUUUUUAAGUCAUAUAAAACAAUCAUGCAAUUUCAGUUAUAUCUUUAUAGUCCUUUUUAAUCUGAGAUAUUAAAAAAUAAUAAUAACUACUGUUAUUUAUGAAUAGAUAAUAAUUGCUCAAGUUUUGUUUAUAUAAAUAUAUAAUUCUGUUUCAACCUUGAAUUUUUUUAUUUUUAUUUAUUCUUUUGUCAAUUUAUAAUCUCUAAAAAAUUAGGACUAUAGUAAAUUAUAGCACAAUAUUAUUAUAAAUUAUAAUACCUACGUGUUGAUUAUUAAUUAAAUAAUUCCUCGAAUUAACAACAAUAGGCAAUAACAUUUUUUAAUUUAAUAUUUAACAUUUUGAAUACCUAUAGUUUCUUUUGUUCUUGUUAAUCUCUAGGUACACAAUUUGUAAUUAAAUUUUGAUUACUACAAUAUAUUGCUUUUAAUUUUUUAUUUCAUAAUUAAAACGCUGCACUAGAGCUUGAAAUUGGUUCACAACCGCCAACAAUGGAGUGCACGUUUAGUAUCUAAACGGAAAAUAAUACUAAUAUAAAUAUACUAUUAACUAACCUAACCUAACCACCAACCUAUUUAUACUGCAGCGCAAUUUGUUACAUAGCUUAUGAAAUAUUAAAUAUAAUAUGUAAUAUGUAUACAAUUUUUCGGAAAAAAAAUUCACGUUGUACAUAAGUAACCAAUUCGUUUGUAAAGGAUUAUUUAAUCGAGCAAUUGCUGAGAGUGGGAGUGCUUUAUGCCACUGGGCGUACACCGAAAACGUAGUUCAAAAGACCAAAUCGUUAGCUGAGUUUCUGGGAUGUCCUACAUACUACUCAAAAGACACAAUCAAAUGCCUUCGAUCAAGACCAGCACUAGCUAUCGCAGAGUCUUUAAAACAAUUUUUAGUAAAUAUGACUAUACACGUUAAAAUUAUUAUAAAUCUAAAUGCAAUAUGUUGUAAUACACUUUCUUUUUUUUUUUUUUUUUACAAGCCAUGGAAAUUCAAUCCAUUCACACCGUUUGGUCCUACCGUUGAAAUGGCUGGAGUUGAACGAUUUUUGAUGGAUUUACCACAGAACCUACCAUCGCAUGAUGUCCCAGUGCUGUUUAGUUUCACCCAAGAUGACGGUCUUUAUUCUUCUGCCGAAUUGGUGUCACUUGAAGAAAUUCUAAUGGACAUGGAAACCAAUUGGAAUAACGUUUUACCAUUUCUACUCGACUACAAUAACACAAUUUCGGAUGAAUCUUUAAGACCUGAAAUUGCACAAAAAAUAAAAUCAUUCUACUUUGGAAACAACACUGUAUCAGUAAACACCAAAAGUAACGUCGUCCAAGUAUGUAUAAUAAUAUGUCUAUUAUAUUACCUGUACAUGUAUGGUAUCUGUAUCGUGCUAUACAUAUUUAGAUACUUUUAUAUUUAUUACACUAAAAGAUACUUGAAACACUCAAGUUCAAUUAUAUAAUAUAACCCAUGAAAUUAAAUAUAUGCCUAGUUCGCUAUAUUAAUUGAGUAAGUCUAUAGGAAAUUAUUAUCGUCUAUCUUAUCGUUUAUAUUGUUCAUUAAAUCAUUUAAAGCAAGUAAAAGGUUUGUUGUGUCAUCUUUAUCUUUUCAGUUGAACGGUAAUUCUAUUAUCUGUAGGGCUAUUAAACCGAAAAAAUAAAAUAAAAAAAUAUCGUAUUCCCGGGUGGCCUUUGUCAUAAUGCAAUCAAUCACGAUUUUUAUUUUUAUUUUAUCUCUAUGAAGUUUUUUAGUUGCAUAUUGUAUAGAUUUUCCCAUCCAUCGCAUAUUUUUUUUUUAUCCACUGAAUUUAUUUCAACGAAACCUAACCCACAACACCCGAACUAUUUAAAUUAUUUGAUAAACUUAUUUAUUAAUUAGGCAUUUUAAUUUGCACUAUUGUUGGUAGCGUUGUAGUUGUUUGGCUUACAGUAAACAUUCUGUGUUCAUUGAUCGAUGGAUAUUAAAAAAAAAAAAAAAAUAUCUAUAUAAUAUAUGUAAAUAUUCGAUUUAUUAUAGAUGACUACGGAUAGAAUGUUUAAAGAACCUUUGGCCAGAGCUGCCAAGUUAUUAGCAUCAAAGAACACAUCACCGGUAUACUUUUAUGAAUUUGGUUAUAAGGGUAAAUAUACACUCACCAACAAAUAUUCCAAAACUGGACUCUCUGACGGAUUAGGUAAACAACAACUAUAAAGAAAAAAUAAUAAUAAUACAUUUUUCAAACAUUAUUGUUGCCUAUAAUGAAUUUAGGGAUUUCACACGGUGACAACACUAUGUACAUUAUAAAAACGCAAAAUGAACAUCCGCACGACAACAUUGAAGAUGCUAAACUAAUCCCAAUCAUGGUUAACAUUUGGACGUCGUUUGCUAAAACCGGGUACCGUAUGCAAAAUUUCUUUGUUUCUAUGAAAUAAAAAUAUUAUAAAUGCACACUGCAAAUAUAUAAAAACAAUUGUUAAUUAAAUAAUUAAUUAAAUUAAAUUAAUUAUUAAAAACAAUUAAUUUAAUUAAAUUAAUUAUUAAAAACAAUUAAAAAUAUCUUAAUCAGUGUAACACACAGUAGAUUUUACGUAUUAAUGUAAUUGCAGAUUUUGUUUUCGUAUAAUUAUUUAAUGGACCGAUUGUUGUUUGUAUUUCAGAAUUCCCGAACUCGGAAAUUCUACAGUGUGGACGCCAGUGUCUAAAAAUCUCGCUGACCCAUUGAAAUUAAUUAAGAUCACACAAAAUCAAACUUUUGAACUCCAAGAACAAUCGGAUCCCGGUAAUCAUACUUUCUGGAGCACGUUGCCGUUAACCGAGUUCUCAGUCACGAGCUUGUCAGAAAACCUAAACCACACUGAACUAUAGUAUAUAUUAAAAUAACGAAAUAGUAUUGUUAUCAACUGUUUGACAACUAUCGGUGUGU